ACAAUUAACCGGUACCAGUAAUGGCUAGUGCUGACAAGGGGUAUCUUCUGAAGUGUAAUAUUUGCCUAGAUACAUUACUAUCACCUAGAGCUCUCCCAUGUUUACAUUCGUUCUGUGAGGAAUGUCUUAAGAAGCAUAUACAUACUGUCAAAGUUUCUAAGGGUACAUCUAAAGUCCAGAUACCUUGUCCAACAUGCAGAACACCAACAUUAAUACCCAAGGACGGUGUCAGGGGAUUUCCAAAAGAUUUCCGUAUAAAUCAACUGAACGAUAUUUUAACGGCCACAGAACAGGAACAAAAAACACAAAAAUUUACUUGUGAGUUAUGUGAAAUGAUUGCCCUAGCAACCAAAUAUUGUUUUGAAUGUAAAAAGUAUUUCUGUAACACUUGUAGCAUGAAACACUGUAUGUCUAAAGUUUUAAAUUCUCACAUUCUUAGUGAUGUCUUUAACAGAGAUGAAAAUAUAGGGGUCUGUGAAAAACAUAAGAAUGAACCAAUCAAAUUCUUCUGUAGAUCAUGUGACUUUGGCAUCUGUCUCCAUUGUGUAUUAGGGGACCAUGAACAACAUCUAAUUUCAUCGCUUGAUGAUGUAAAUGUGGACGAGAGGGAAGAGCUUACAUUUUGUUUGAAACAUGUGGAGAACCAAAUAUCUUUUCUUAAAGAUCAAAUUUUCAAUAUAACCUGCUUGGAAGGUAAAAACAGGAGUAGCUAUGUGGAUGAAAUCUACUCUGAUAGGACAAAGCAAUUGAGACUGAACAAAACACAACUUUGUCAUCCACAAAUAAAACAAAACCAAAGUUUACAGAAAGAGAAAGAUAGAUGUCACAUGUAUUUACAACAGUUUGAAACAAUUCAAAACAAUCUGCAAAAUAUAAUAAGAAAUGGGAAUUCAAAAUAUCUCAAUAUUUCUCAUUCUCAAAUUUUGCAUGAAAUAUUGAAUAUAAAUGUGAAGAUAGAACCUGUUAUGCCUGGUGAUGAAAUCAAAGCAGUUGCACACAACAAUUGGAGACCUGGAAAUUUUCAAGACAGUAAACUUGGAGUCAGCUACAGUAGCAAACGCCCCUUUUUUCCCCGAAAAGUACAAAUUCCAGGAGCAAAUAACUCUUUACAAUCUUCCUUUGUGAGGGGAAAUAACUCUUUACAAUCUUCCUUUGUAAGGGGACAUAACUCAUCAUAUACCUGUCAGGUGAAACCUAAAUAUAAAAGUUCUUUUGCUGACCAGAAUCCAUUAAAUAGAUGCAUUUAUCGUUUAUCAGCACUGUCAUUACCAAGGCAACCAUAUGAUCCAGCAAAAUACCAAAAUGAAAAAACAAAGAAGGUAAAAUUCCUGUUUAAGAUUGGAGGCUAUGGACAAGCUCCUGGAUGUCUCAAUCUACCAUUUGGGAUUUCAUUUCUUAAGAACGAUAUUCUUGUGGUAGCAGAAAAUGGAUCAGGACGCAUUCAAAAAUUUGAUUCAUUUGGAAAAUCUUUUGAAUGCAUUCAGUUGAAAUCUGGAUAUCCAAGGUGUAUAACCACUGGACGCAACAAUGAAAUUUACAUAACCGAUGAAUUUAAUAAAUGUGUCAAAAUGGUCAGCAAAGAAAAAGAAACAAUUAUAACUCGUUCUAUUGACAGCUUACACUUUCCUUACGGCAUUGUGGCCCUUGACGAUGGGACACUUGCCGUUUCUGAUAUGAUAUAUGAACGACUUAGUAUUCUCAAACCUUCAGGAGAAAUAGUUUCACAGUUUGGUUGCUAUGGAAACAACAACUCAUCCCUUAACAACCCUUCAUAUUUAGAAACUGACAGAGAGAAUAUAUUUGUUUCAGAUUCAGGUCACCAUCAGAUUAAGAUGUUCAAUAAACAUGGAAAAUUUUUGCAAAAACUGGGAGACUUUGGAUCAAAUAUUGGCGAACUGAAAUAUCCAAAAGGUAUAGCAAUAACAAGAAAGGGAGAAAUCAUUGUUGCUGAUUCUGGAAAUAAUCGAGUGGUAAUGUUCUCAAAGACAGGAGAUACUGUUACAACUCUAUUAGACAUAAACGACAUUAUAGAUCGGCCAAUCGAUGUCGCCUGUACACCGUCAGGAUUAUUGGCUGUGGCUAUCACAGACAGACAUGAAGUGAACGUUUAUAAACUGUGAUCAGGAAUUCUAUGACAUUAAAGAUCGUCCAAUCGAUGUCGCCUGUACAUCAUCGGGAUUAAUGGCUGUGGCUAAUACAGACAGACAUGUAGUGUAUGUGUAUAAACUGUGAACAGGAAUUCUAUGACAUUAUAGAUCGACCAAUCAAUGUCGCCUGUACACCGUCGGGAUUAUUGGCUUUGGCCAUAACAGACAGACAUGAAGUGUACGUGUAUAAACUGUACUAAUAAAUAUGUACAGGAACUCUAUGAUAUUCAAUGCAAAAGAGGAUACAAAAAGAUGCAUAGAAAGUAUAAUACAUUUAGACAUAUCAUGAACAGUGGAAAUAUAUACCUGCACACAUGUUAUAAUAAAAAGCAACAAAAAAAUAAGAUGAAAUUGCAAAUAAAUACAUGUAGGUUAAUG